CUGCCAAGGUGUUUCAAUAAAGACGCGCGCAAGGCGGACGAACAACACGAGAUGGCUACCUGGUAUUUGAAGCCGCUGGAUAUUUAUAAGGGGGAGCUGUGACAGGUCGGUGAUUGCCAGUGCUAGAUCGCUGCAGCCAUUGUUCCUUUUAACUUUAGAGUCGCCACCACACCGAUACGAAAGAUCAACAACCAUUAUAGACGGACAACCUACAGUUGGCGAAGUGUCCCCGUCGGCGGCCAGGAGGGAAAAGAAAAGCAAAAGAACAAACGGAAAGGAGGAGAAUAGGGGAUGGAAUACUCAAACUUUGCUCGGAAAACCAGCGGCCUAUAGCGGAACAGAGCACCUGGUGCUGGUAAACGAGGAAGCGUAUAAAAAGGAGAGUUGUGCCGGUGGCUUGUCCUUCUCGAAUCGCCGAUAGAAGUCCACAAAAUCGUUCGUUGAGAGGGGAGGCGCCAUCGACUCGUAACUAAAUCGGAAGCAAGGAAUCUUUAAUCUCACUUCUGAGCUUCGAGUCAUCCCAAAACUUACGGUGACAUCGUGCCAGACGGACAGAAAACGAGAUAGUUACGUCCCGGUUUUAUGAGAAGGAAAACAAAGAACGACGGGAGUUCGUUCUCAUAAUUGGGACUCGAGAGGAGGAGCUUGAGCUCGUUUCUUUUCGUCGUAUUGGUGGUUGCGAGCUACAGUGCCGGUCUCGUCAAUCACUCCAAGUUGGUGGACACAGGUCGGGUGUCGGGAGUAUUUUUACUCGCUGCUCCGGGACAAAUAGCUGUCCGCAUGAGAUUCCUGGUCGCUAAAGAUAUAGAAAAUUCGGGCUUCCUAGCCGAGAGGAAGCUCGGCUAGCCGGGCAUGACCAACACCAGGGAGAGAAGUUUGAUGAGCAGAGGCGAGCAGCACUGGACUUGAUAUCUCUCUCCCGGGAAGAGGCAAUGCAGAUGGAUGGUUUCUCGGCUUCGAGACACGCAAGGCAAUGCUGCUGCCGCUCGGCCGUGCUGUGGAUCUUCGUCCUCAAUGCAUCUUCGGUACUCGCAGCUGUGACAAGGCAAUACAAUUUUCUGGUACAACCUCUUACCGUCUCGAAGCUGUGUAAAACUAAGUCGCUCAUUGCCGUGAACAAUCUCUUCCCUGGACCAGUUGUCUAUGCCGAUGAAGAAGAUACGGUGGUGGUGAAUGUGACCAACAAUUGCCAAUACAACAUCACUAUCCACUGGCAUGGGAUACGGCAAAUUCGAUCCGGCUGGGCUGAUGGACCAGUGUAUAUCACUCAGUGUCCACUGCAAACAGGGGACACAUACCAGUAUAAGUUUAAGAUCCAAAGGCAGAGUGGAACUCUUUGGUGGCACGCUCACGAUACUUGGCUUCGAGGGACCGUGCAUGGAGCGAUUGUGGUGUUUCCCAAGACUGGAGUGCCUUAUCCGUUCCACUACCCGAGAGAAGAGCACAUUAUUCUGAUUGGGGAAUGGUGGAACGCAAACGUCGAAGAUGUCGAGUCGCAGUCCUUACUGACGGGAGGAGCCCCGCAGCUGUCAGAUGCUUACACCAUCAAUGGUCAUCCUGGGCCACUUUACAAUUGCUCAUCCCAAGACGUGUACGUUCUCAAGGUCUUUCCCAACGAGCACUACCUCCUGCGCAUCGUCAACGUUGCUCUCAACCAGGAGCUCUUCUUCACCGUAGCCAACCACAACCUCACGGUUGUGGAGAUCGACGGCGACUUCACCAAGCCAUACACAACCAGCACCAUCUUUCUCACCCCGGGCCAGAGCACCACCGCGCUCUUCAUCACAAACCAACCCACGGCCAAAUACUACAUGGGAGCCAGUCCAUACAGCUCCGCCGCGGGAGUGCCAUUCCCGACGACGCCAACUCUAGCAAUCGUCGAGUACCAAGGCUCGUCGAACUCGACCCCGCCAGUAAUGCCGACGUUCCCAGCGACCAACGACACUGGCCUCGUCGCAAACUUCUCGGCCAGCCUGAGGAGCCUGGCGGACACGACUCAUCCGGAGCCAGUCCCACAGACAGUGGACAGAAGCUUGCUCUUCACGAUCGGCCUCGGGACAAAGCCGUGCGGUGAAAACCGGGUGUGCCAGGGGAUCGCUGGGACCAAGCUCACGGCCUCCAUGAACAACAUCUCCUUCGUCCUUCCCGACAUCGCUCUCCUCCAGGCCUACUACAACAACAUCUCCGGCGUCUUCACUCGCGACUUCCCGGACACACCGCCGAUAGUUUUCAACUACACGGGGACUCCUCCGAACAACACCACCCCGCAACGAGGGACCCGGCUUCUCGUCAUCCCAUACAACGCAAACGUCCAGAUGGUUUUCCAGGAUACGAGCAUCCUCGGCGUCGAGAACCAUCCCAUUCACGUCCAUGGAUACAGUUUCUACAUUGUCGGGCAGGGGACUGGCAACUUCAACUCGAGCCAGACGAGUACUUUCAACCUGUUUGAUCCUCCGCGACGGAACACCGUCGGAGUUCCAGUUGGAGGGUGGGCUGCUAUUAGAUUCAAGGCUGACAAUCCUGGUGUUUGGUACAUCCACUGCCAUUUAGAGGUGCACACAAUGUGGGGGUUGACGAUGGCUUUUAUUGUGCUUAACGGUGCUCGGGCUAACGAAACUUUGCCGCCUCCACCGCCAGAUCUCCCGCGAUGCUAGUAAGGUUUUUACAGAUAUGAUUCUUUUGAUCUUGGGCCAGCCAGCUCGAGAUGAUAAUGCAAGGAAAAGAUGAUCUUGAGAAAGAAAAGGAAUUUUUCUCGUUA